GAGCGCGCUGCGCGCGGGCCUCCGCCUCGGACGGCGGUGCGGCCGGGAACGCGGGCGGCGGCGCCCGUGCCGUCGGGGACGCGGCGGCAACGAGCGGCCACGCGCCGUCGAAAUCACAAAGAUACAAGGCGUCGCAGAACGACUCGUACGCGACGAACGCGCCCGGCGGAGCGUCCGGCGGCGGCGCGAAGUGGCUUGCGAGCCCGUCUAUUGCGCGUUCGUCGACAAAGUCGCGGUGGAGCCCGCACGAGCGUAGCGCGGCGAGGAACGGGUCUUUCGGCAAGACGCCGGUCCUCGUCGCGUCCCUUCGGCGCAGGCGGAAGCGCACGGUCGCCGCAUCAGCAAAACCCACGCAGCGCCGCGCGAGGCCGCAGCGAAGCGCGUGGCACGAGCGUUCCACCGCCCCCGCGCCGUCGGCCGCGGCGGCGCACGCGGCGCCGAGCGCUCGCGGCGCGGCCGCGCACAGCGCCAGCGCGUCGAGCGCGUCGUCGACGCGAACGGGUGCCGCGCCCGCACUCGCCGCGACCGCCCCGGGCGGCGCCGCAGCGUCAAGCGCGCCGUCGACGAGAACCGGCGCCGCAGCGCUGAACGCGCGCGCGACGACGGCGGCCGCGGCGGCGGCUUCGGUCUCGCCGUCGUCGCGGCGCCGCGCGGCCGCCGGACGGCCGCCUCGAUGGCGCGCUCGAGGUCGCACGCGACGAACGCGACAAAGCGAUCGUGCGAGACGACGCCGUCGGCGGCGCCCGCGGCGAGGAGGCCCGUCGUGCGCGCGAGCGCGCGCACGUUGACACGACCGUCGCGCAGGCGCAGCGCCAGGCGCGCGAGGCAGCGUGCCGCGUCCGCGCCGCCGCCGCCGUCCGCGACGAGUCGCACCGCGACCGCCUCGGCGUCGGCGCGCGCGACGGCGGCGUCGGCGGGCUCGCCAUUCAGCGUGGCGACCUGGCAGCGUGCCGGCGGCGCCGCACGCCGCGCGAGCUCCGCCGCCGUGACGGCGUCGACCGCGCCCGCGACGACCGUAACCGUCGAGUUGCCGCGCACCGCGAUGCGGACGGCGCCGCCGCCGAGGUCGCGGAGCGCGAGCGGCAGCGC